CGCACCGGGGCUUCAGUGAUAGCAUCAUAGUCAUCCGGUCGAAAUGUGGUGCGUCCAUUGUAGGUUAUAUAGCCAUCUACAAUCCGUUUAUUCCGAAUUUUUCUUGUAAUUAAAAUCAUUUUUUUAAUUGAUAGCAUCGCAAUUGACUCUAAAAACAAGAAGUGCGAUGAUUGUGAUUGAUUAAGUUGUUAAUUAUUAAUUAUUUAAGAAGACUAAUUCCUAAGUUUUUAAUUGUCGUUGUAAAUUGAUUAGCAAAAUGGUCGUGGAAGAUCUUUCCAAGGCAGUUCAAAUCGAAAAAAUGCGGUAUCUGCCCAGGCAAAAGUACCCUAGCAGUUCUUUAGAGUUGUCAUCUUUUCCGGACUCCACCCAUGGGCAUGACUUUAAUCAAGGCCAUAGUCGAGUAGUCAUGACCAGGAAAACAGAACGCCGGAUAUACGUAGCUCCAACAAAAUCGGGACAGGUUCCCAAAAUUGAAACGCUUACUAAGGAAACUGUACAAACAUUUCGAGGUAAUAAAACUGAGAGGAAAAUAACGUCUGAAACGAAAAAUAUUGAAAAUACUAUCAACAGCAAGUUAGACGGAUCCAUAGACGACUUCCUGCCGUCACUGUCUUCCAGAUCUUCGCGGUCGUCCACUUCGUCGCCUGAAUUGAAAACGUCGUUUUACAAACAGAAAUGUGCGACAUUAGGUAAGUAUCAAAAAAAGAUACUCAUCGAUACCAAUACGUUUGUACAAGAAUGUUUAGAUGCACACAAUUAUUAUAGAAAAAAACACUUGGCUCCUUCGAUGAGUUUAAGCAAAAAAUUAUGCAAGUAUGCUGAAGAAUGGGCCAAAUAUUUAAGUAUAAAAGGAGUUUUAGAUCAUAGACCAUCAUCACCUUAUGGUGAAAAUUUAUUUUGUUGUUGGACAUCAUUGCCAACUUAUAGAGUCGAUGGCAAAGAACCUGUGGACAGUUGGUACGAAGAAAUUAAAUUCCAUCCAUUUGGUCGAGAACCAACUACUCUAAAAUCAGGCCAUUUCACACAAGUUAUAUGGAUGAGUAGUAAAGAAGUUGGUGUCGGCGUUGCAUCAGGGCGUUCUGGUCAAGUAUUUGUAGUGGCUUGCUAUGAUCCACCUGGAAAUUUUCUCGGUCAAUUUAGGGAAAAUGUACCACCACCAGGUGGAUUCAAAAAUGAACAACACAUAUCAAAGAUUUUGCAGCCAGUUUAUACUGAUGAGCAAUUGUACAAUGACAGUUUAAAGUUUCACAAUGAGUACCGAUCAAAACAUGGUUCAGGACCAUUAAAACUAAAUAAAAUGCUAUGUCGAAAUGCAUUAUCAUGGGCAAUGACUUUAGCCAAGGAAGAUAAAUUUAUGCAUCAACCAGACAAUCCUUUCGGAGAAAAUCUUUUUAGUAUAUGGUCAUCAAACCAAGCAACUGCCAAAGAUGCAGUUAUUAAUUGGUAUAAAGAAGGCAAAAAUUAUGACUACACUAGAGAGCCCAGAAUUUUAAAAUCAGGUCAUUUUACUCAACUCGUUUGGAAAGGAUCAAAAUCCAUGGGCAUUGCAAUGGUCAAAGGAAAGUCUGGUAGAAUUGUAAUAGUGGCAAAUUAUGAUCCUCCUGGGAAUAUAAUGGGACAAUUUACGGCGAACGUUUUGAAACCAAUUUAAUUUAUGUAAAAAAUUAUUGUUAUUUAGUAUAUAGUAUUAAAAUCAUAAUACUUACAUUCCUAUUGAAAAAAGACUCAUUUCAAAACUAAAUUUUUCUUAUUUCUCUAUUAUUUAACAUACUUUAGUUAAUUUAUUAGAUAAUAUCAUUAUAUUUGUAUAUUAAUUAAUUAUUUUUCGUAAAAUAUGAAAAGAAAUUAAUUUAUUUUAUUUAAUGUUUUAUAAACAAUUAAAUAUAACUUGAAUUUUUUUUCUAAAUAAAUAGUUAGGACAAUUUAAUUGA